GCCCCGAACCUUAUCAACAUGCAUGGACGACCUGCUGUUGCCAUCCAAAUGUUCCAUAUUCCACACUAAACCGACGCGUGGUGUCGCAAGAAAGAAGCUUGGCCAUUAUCCAGACACCAUUGGCCUGGCCGGUCAGAUAGCUUGGAAACUGUCUCUUUCCAAUGGCUAUAUAAACCAGCCUCACUUCACUAAUUCUGGGCAAAGCAAGCACCGCUACUUGAAGCAUCUUACACGAAGCUCUUCUAGCUAUUCCUCUUCCCGCGAAGAAGUGGUAAUCUGCUUGAUCAGUAAGUACACAAUAAUGGACCGGGUGACGAAGCUGGCUUCUCAGCGUGCGGUGGUGAUCUUCAGCGCGAGCUCAUGCUGCAUGUGCCACACGGUGACGCGUCUGUUCCGCGAGCUCGGGGUGAACCCAACGGUGGUGGAGCUAGACGAGGACCCCAGCUGGGGAAAGGAGAUGGAGAAGGCACUAGCGAGGCUGCUGGGCCGCAGCCCUGCGGUGCCGGCAGUGUUCAUCGGGGGCAGGCUCGUCGGCUCCACCGACAAGGUCAUGUCGCUCCACCUCAGCGGCAAUCUCGACACAAUGCUACGCAACGCGGGCGCACUCUGGGUGUAGUGCAAGUGCAGUGCAGUGCCAGCUGCUCUGUGAGUCACCUGAUACACGGAGAAUAACAUGUUUCUUUCGAUGCACAUGCACAGAUGCACUCCCGUGCUUUUUAUCAGGGUCUUCCGUCUGAAUCAAACCAAAUGUUUUGAUUUUAGGGAGCGUUUGGUUGUCCACAGAUAAAAGAAUCUGUUCUUCUCCCGUUAUCUACGCAGUCUGGAAUACCAAGAUUAUGUGUGGAGAGACAAAAUCCAAAAAAAAAAAACAAAUCAGUUUGUUUGACUUCCUGACAUAUUUUUGGUGCCUAGAUCGAUCCUGAGUAUCCUCUGAAACCAAACAUGGACUUGGUCAAAAGUCUUAUGUGGAAAAUAUUGUCAAAUUCUUAAUAGCGACUA